GCUCCGGCGGUCAGAUUCGGAACCCAACUUUUCCCGCGGGAAUUCCUGCCUGAUCCCGUCGCGUGGGCUGAUCAGCCUCCCUGUGACAGCCCCUCUCCCGCCCGUCUUAUCCAUUGUGCAUUUUCUACCAGCCCACCCUUACUCUUUUCCUCUUCGGCAGUCACUUGGUGACUUGCAUAAACGGCAGGAUAACUUUAUUCCAAGGAGAUCUCAGCCCCGCUGAGCUAAUGAUGCUGACUAUAGGAGAUGUUAUUAAACAACUGAUCGAAGCCCAUGAACAAGGGAAAGACAUCGAUCUCAAUAAGGUGAAAACCAAGACAGCUGCCAAAUAUGGCCUUUCAGCACAGCCCCGCCUGGUGGAUAUCAUUGCCGCAGUCCCUCCUCAGUAUCGGAAAGUCUUAGUCCCCAAGUUAAAGGCAAAACCCAUCAGAACUGCCAGCGGGAUUGCUGUUGUUGCUGUGAUGUGUAAACCCCACAGAUGCCCACACAUAAGUUUUACGGGAAACAUAUGUGUAUACUGCCCCGGUGGACCUGAUUCAGAUUUUGAAUAUUCAACCCAGUCCUACACUGGAUAUGAGCCAACCUCCAUGCGAGCUAUUCGGGCUAGAUACGACCCUUACCUGCAGACAAGACACCGGAUAGAACAGUUAAAACAGCUUGGUCACAGUGUGGAUAAAGUGGAGUUUAUCGUGAUGGGUGGAACUUUCAUGGCCCUUCCGGAAGAAUACAGAGAUUAUUUUAUUCGAAAUUUACAUGAUGCCUUAUCAGGACAUACAUCCAACAAUAUUUAUGAGGCAGUCAAGUAUUCUGAGAGAAGCCUCACAAAGUGUGUUGGAAUUACCAUCGAGACCAGGCCAGAUUAUUGCAUGAAGCGACACUUAAGUGACAUGUUGACCUAUGGCUGCACGAGGCUGGAGAUCGGAGUGCAGAGUGUGUACGAAGAUGUGGCCAGAGACACCAACAGGGGCCACACUGUCAAGGCAGUAUGUGAGUCAUUCCACCUGGCCAAAGAUUCUGGUUUCAAAGUUGUGGCCCAUAUGAUGCCUGAUCUGCCAAACGUGGGACUAGAACGAGACAUUGAGCAGUUUAUAGUAAGUUUUUUUGAGAACCCUGCUUUUCGUCCUGAUGGUAUGAAACUCUACCCUACCCUGGUGAUUCGUGGCACAGGGCUGUAUGAGCUUUGGAAAUCAGGACGAUAUAAGAGUUAUUCUCCUAGUGAUCUGAUCGAACUGGUGGCUCGGAUUCUAGCCCUUGUUCCUCCAUGGACUCGAGUGUACCGAGUGCAGAGAGACAUUCCUAUGCCCUUAGUCAGCUCGGGAGUGGAGCAUGGCAACCUGAGAGAGCUGGCAUUUGCAAGAAUGAAAGACCUUGGAAUACAGUGUCGGGAUGUAAGAACCAGAGAGGUUGGAAUCCAAGAAAUUCAUCACAAAGUACGGCCAUACCAGGUUGAGUUGGUGAGGAGAGAUUAUGUUGCAAAUGGUGGCUGGGAGACAUUCCUGUCAUAUGAAGACCCUGAACAAGACAUACUGAUCGGCCUCCUGCGGUUGCGGAAGUGUUCAGAGGAAACCUUCCGCUUCGAGCUGGGUGGAGGUGUUUCCAUCGUGCGGGAGCUGCAUGUGUAUGGAAGUGUGGUCCCCGUGAGCAGCCGGGAUCCUACUAAGUUUCAGCAUCAGGGGUUUGGCAUGCUGCUGAUGGAGGAAGCAGAAAGAAUAGCUCUAGAAGAACACGGAUCUGGGAAAAUAGCUGUUAUAUCAGGAGUUGGCACCAGGAAUUAUUAUAGGAAGAUUGGCUACAGAUUACAAGGCCCGUACAUGGUGAAGAUGCUAAAAUAAUGGCCACCGCAAUCCCCCUUCAUGCAGCACCCUCCCUGGCAGAAGACAGCAGAUCCGCAAAGCAGACGGACCUCCACUGUCCCCUGACGAGGACGGCACCUCCUCCUGUGGCUGCGGUGACUGGGAACUUCCUUCAAAGCUGGGCCACAGGAGCCUGGAGCCACCCUCACCUGUGUGUGCCCAAGAAGUCUCUUCAGUUUUAGAGGUUUAAUGAUUUCUCCAAUUUUCACAGUCUGCAUGUGGGCUGCAGGUGACCUGUUUUUAUUCACCGACAAGAGCAGAUCAGCUGAUUUGCACAGCGUAGCUCUUGAAGUGGGACUCGUGAUAGUCAUUUGAGGAGCAGCCUCGGGAGAAAGCUAUUUAUGUACUCUAGGGAUGAAAGUCAAGUUGGGACAUAUAAAAACCAUCACGCUUGGCUCCCUGGCCUUUAACUACAUAAUGCAUUUACCCAGGAGUUAAGAAAAUGAGCUUUUAUGUUAAUGGAAAUGGUUACCAUGCUGAUGCUUUGACAGAAGGCUGAUGGGGAAAGAGGAGUCAGGCUAAGGUUUUGUGUUAAACUUGAUGGCAGCUGUCGCCAGCCCCUGCCAUCCGGGAGCAUGCCCUGCGCUGGCCAUCAGAGCCUCCUGUGUCCAGGCGAGGCUGUCUGUACUUCCCAUACACUGCUGAUGCAGAGCAGUGUGGAAAGCCGUGGGGAGGUGCUGGAGAGGCCUGGGCUGUCCGUCCGUCCAUCCGUCUGUCCUCAGCAGGCAGCAUCCACCAGGAACAGUCAGGUGUGUGGCCCUCAGGCAAGAUUUGCUUCCAGCCACAGAAGCUGUUCCCUGCAUUUCAUUAAAAGUGGAUGUUGAUUUGUGUUUAAGGCAGAAAGAUGAAACUUUAGACUCAGCUGUGAAAGCAACAAAAUGGAAAGCAGGCUCCAACGUAAAACUCGGGGAGUGAUUGUUGUUUUCAGAGGCCUGUCUUGUACAGCUGCUUCCAGAGACCUCCUCGGUAACAUGCUCAGGAGCCUCAGCCUCUCCGGGGCAGCUCCUGCUGGGACAGCAUGGCUUCACCCUGGGCCCUGGGUUCUGUGUCACUCACAAAGUCUAAAGGCCUGAAAAUAAAAGUCCUCAAUGCACGGA